UUUGUAAAGAUGGAAGAAAGUUUUGUAAAUAUUUCUGGUACUCCUACUCAUGUAAUUACCUGGGGUCGAUGGAUCGAAGAUGCUAUAGAAGAUGUACCCGAGAUUGUGUUAUGUAUUCCAGGCAAUCCCGGCUUAGUAGGUUUUUACACUGAAUUCCUUAGCUCUUUAUACGAGAAACUGGGAAAGAAAAUACCUGUUUGGAUAAUUGGUCAUUCUGGACAUGAAGAGGUAGUAGAAAAUAGUAAAAUACAAGUUCCCUGCCUCAGGGGAAACGAAAAACUAUUUGACCUAGAUGGGCAAUUGCAACAUAAAAAAGAGUUUAUUCAGCGUUUUGUGCCAGCUAAUACAAAAAUUCAUCUUAUUGGUCACUCAAUUGGUGCGUGGAUGGUUAUACAGUUACUAGAGGAACAAACUAUUCGAGAUCGAGUUAAAAAAUGUUAUCUUCUAUUUCCAACGUUGGAGCGAAUGCUUGAUUCACCGAAUGGUUGGAAUUUUACCAAAAUUGGAGUUCCACUCUACACCACAGUUGGAUUCCUGAUUCCAUUAUUUAAUCGCUUGCCGAAGGCUUUACAAAUUUUUGGUAUACAAUUGUAUUUCUGGCUUUUGAACAUUCCAAAAACUGUUCUUAAUACCGCUUUAGAGUAUUCCAAAGCUCCGGUUAUGGAGAAAGUUAUAUUUUUAGCUAAGGAUGAGAUGGCUCGUGUUUGUAAUUUAGAUAGUAAACUUAUUGAAAAGCAUAUGCCUUUAUUAAAGCUAUAUUAUGGCACAACGGAUGGUUGGGUGCCAGUUAAAUAUUAUAAUCAAUUAUGUAGCCGAUUCCCUGAGAUUGAUGCUGAAUUAGAUAAACAAUGUAUAGACCAUGCAUUUGUUUUGAGAUAUUCUGGUAGUAUGUCCCACAUUGUAAGCAAAAUGAUUGAAAAUCAUUCCGAUUUACUAAAUUAAGUUAAUUGUACGUAAAAGCAUUAGCCAAUUUUUUAUUGCCGUUAAUUUAAUCAAAAAUGGUGUUAUUUGCAUGAUUGUUUUACAACUUUUUUUUUAAUACCUAUGUAUGCACCUACGUUCAACUAAACACCGCAAUUCAAAAUGAUAUUGUUUGCAACUUAUGUUAUUUAUCUUUAAUAAUUUUCAAUUAAAAUAUAAUACCAAUCUAU